CAUUUGCGAGCGCACGUAGGGGGGCGUGGCGAGCCAGGCAAGCAUUGCCCGUCCUGGAGCGUGCGGAGGGUUCCGCGCCGGGUGGCGCCAGCGGGAGUUAACGUUAGCCAUGGAAACGCGGAGCCGGCCUUGGCGCGCCCGAGGUGAGCUGGUUGCCUGGCAGCCACAGCUUCUCGGCCUCUGCGUCGGUACCUGGAGCAGCCUCCCUGCAGGAGCGCCCAACCCGGGUUUACCUGCAAAAGCGCAGUCCAUGGGAUGCCUUCGCUUCGCCUCUUCCCUCGGCUGACUCGAGAGAUUUCUAUGUUACAGAAAAGGAUGUGCUUUCAGAAUAAUCCUGAGUGAGAAGGAUGAGUCCAGAUGUGCCUCUGCUGAAUGAUUACAAAAAGGACUUCUUUCUGAAGCGCUUUCCACAGACUGUUCUUGGAGGCCCAAGACUCAAAUUAGGCUACUGUGCCCCUUCUUACAUAUAUGUUAAUCAAAUUAUCCUUUUUCUGAUGCCAUGGAUUUUAGGUGGAAUUGGAACACUUUUGUACCAAUUAGGCAUCCUGGAAGACUAUUACACGGCAGCACUCUCAGGUGGACUAAUGCUUGGCACUGCAUUUGUCAUCCAGUUUACAAGUUUAUAUGCCAGAAACAAAUCAGUGACAGUAGAAAGAAUACUAACCACAGAUAUCUUAGCACAGGAAGAUGCGCAUGAAUUUACAAGUUGUGCCAGUGCUGAGACUAUCAAAUUUCUAAUUCCUGGCAAGAAAUAUAUAGCCAAUACAGUUUUUCAUUCUGUUCUCGCUGGGUUAGUAUGUGGCCUUGGAACAUGGUAUCUACUCCCGAAUAGAAUAACUUUGCUAUAUGGCAAUGCAGGAGGCACUGUUUUACUGUUUUUCUUUGGAUGGAUAACAUUAUGUACAGGAGAAUAUUCGUUAAUUGUAAACACAGCUAUAGAGACUGCGACUUUCCAAACCCAGGAUACUUAUGAAAUCACUCCUCUUAUGAGACCUCUUUAUAUAUUUUUCUUUGUUUCUGUAGAUCUUGCACACAGGUUUAUGGUCAAUAUACCAGUUCUAGAGCAAAUGAAUCAGGUUUUACACAUACUGUUUAUAUUUUUACCUUUUCUGUGGGCACUUGGAACCUUGCCACCGCCUGAUGCACUUUUCUUAUGGGCAAUGGAGCAGGUUUUAGAGUUUGGCCUUGGAGGCUCAUCUAUGUCAACCCAUCCACGGUUAUUAAUAAUGUUCAUCAUCUCUGCUGGAACUGCUGGAACAUCAUAUUUCAUUCCCAGCACUACUGGAAUGGUUCUUCUUAUGACUGGACUUGGGUUCUUAUUGAGUCUUAACCUAAGUGAGAUGGGUUUUGUCUUCAAACACAGUGUGACCAGACACGGAGUUGGAACCAAAUCUAAGGCUUUACUCAGUGGUUCAGAAAAACAGUUUACUUGGAAGGAAUGCCUUUUCUACAUCGUUAUAUUAGUCUUGGCUCUCUUAGAAAGUAUUUUGCUUCAUCACUUUGCUUGUUGUUCAAAGAUUUCCAAAAAUAGUCCCCAAGCUAUUGUUGGCUAUAUUUUGAUGAUAUUACUUAUAAUACUGUGGAUACUUAGAGAAAUUCAGAGUGUCUAUAUCUUUGGAAUUUUCCGAAACCCUUUCUAUCCCAAGGAUGUGCAGACCGUGACAUUAUUUUUAGAGAAGCAAGCAAGGCUCAUGAAGAUUGGUGUUGUCAGACGGAUUUUGCUAAAUCUAGUGUCGCCUUUUGCUAUGAUAGCAUUUCUUUCAUUGGACAGUUCCUUACAAGGGCUCUACUCAGUGUCUGUCUCCAUUGGAUUCACAAGAGCUUUUAGAAUGGUAUGGCAGAAUACAGAAAAUGCUUUAUUGGAGACAGUCAUUGUAUCAGCAGUGCACUUGUUGACCUCUAAUACAGAUAUAUGGUGGAACAGAAGCCUGGAUACAGGAAUCAGACUCUUAUUGGUUGGCAUCAUGCGUGAUCGUCUGAUUCAGUUCAUCUCUAAAUUGCAGUUUGCUGUGACUGUACUUUUGGCAUCAUGGAUGGAGAAAAAACGUAGAAAAUCAACCACCACUUUAUGUAUACUCAAUAUUGUCUUCUCUCCAUUUGUAUUGGUUGUCAUAGUUUUUUCUACACUACUCUCUUCUCCCUUACUCCCCCUCUUCACCCUUCCUUUGUUCUUGGUGGGGUUUCCCCGACCUACUCAGAGUUGGCCAGGAGUAGUGGGCACCACAGCUUGCGUGUGUGCAGAUACAGUGUACUACUACCAGAUGGUCCCAAGUUUGACCGCUGCACUGCAGUCUGCAAUGGUAGCUGGAAGUUUAGGUCUCCUCUUACCUGGGUCUCAUUACUUGGGCCGUUUCCAGGAUCGUUUAAUAUGGAUAAUGAUUCUAGAACAUGGCUAUACUUACUGCUGUAUUAACAUUAAGGGGUUAGAAUUGCAAGAGACAUCCUGUCAUACUGCUGAAGCUCUAAGAGUUGAUGAAGUUUUUGAAGGUGCCUUUGAACAGGAAGAACAUGCAAGAAUAUGUUCCAUUAACAAACAUUUUGGAAAUGUUUUGACACCCUGUACUGUCUUGCCUGUAAAACUCUAUUCUGAUGCCAAGAAUGUCCUAUCUGGCAUAAUAGAUUCUCAUGAUAACUUAAGAGAAUUUAAAGGUGACCUUGUUAAAGUACUUGUAUGGACACUUGUUCAGUAUUGCUCCAGAAGGUCCAACAUGCAGGAGAAUGUUGACAAGACUGAAAAUAAAGGGAAAGCAUCUCUAAUAAUCCUGCCUGCUUUGAAUACUUCACCACAAACUCAAUCCCCAGAUGACACAGAUAGUUUAAAUUCAGAAACUUUGGAUGACUGGUCUGAUGAUGUUUUUGAUGAUGAGCCAAUUACCAAAAAAGGAAAAGAAAAAGAUCAGUUGAAAAUUUUGCAAGGUAUAAAUUUGCCUAUUCCAGGAUCAAUAGAGUCACAGAGGGUCGAUGAUCAUUCUGUAGGCAAAGUUCCUAAAAACAGUCUUUAUGAAGCAGUAAUAUUGGGAUAUCCUGCUAUUGACAAAGGAAAACAAGAUAUGAUGUAUAUUCCUCUCAUGGAGUUCAGUUGUUCUCAUUCUCACUUGUUAAGCUUACCCAAAGAGUGGACAUCUAACUGUUUGCCUAAUUCUAAAAUGAGGGAGAUGAGCUCAUUAUUUCCAGAAGACUGGUACCAAUUUGUCUUAAGGCAGUUGAAAUGUUUUCAUUCAGAGGAAAAUGUCCCAAAUGUACUGGAAGAAAUUGCAAAGGACAAAGUUUUAAAAGAUUUUUAUGUUCAUGCAGUAAUGACUUGUUAUUUUAGUUUAUUUGGAGUAGACAAUAUGGAUCCUAGUCCUGGUCAUAUAUUGAGAGUUUACAAAGGUGUUUUGCCUUGGUCUGUUGCUUUUGAUUGGCUGACGGAAAAGCCAGAACUGUUUCAACUAGCUCUGAAAGCUUUCAGGUAUACUCUGAAGCUAAUGAUUGAUAAAGCAAGUUUAGGUCCAAUAGAAGACUUUAAAGAGCUGACUAACUGCCUUAAAGAAUAUGAAAGUGACUGGUACAUUGGUUUGGUAUCUGAUGAAAAGUGGAAGGAAGCAGUUUUGCAAGAAAAACCAUUCUUGUUUUCUCUGGGGUAUGAUCCUAAUAUGGGAGUUUACACUGGGAGAGUACUUACCCUUCAAGAAUUAUUGAUCCAAGUUGGGAAGUUAAAUGCCGAAGCUGUUAGAGGUCAGUGGGCCAAUCUUUCAUGGGAAUUGCUUUAUGCCACAAAUGAUGAUGAGGAACGUUAUAGUAUACAAGCUCAUCCACUACUUUUAAGAAAUCUUACAAUACAAGCGGCUGAUCCUCCCUUGGGCUAUCCAAUUUAUUCUUCAAAACCUCUCCAUAUACAUUUGUUUUAGAGCUCAUUUUGGCUUGUAAAUGUAUUGUCAUCAAAUGUCUUUAUUUUUUCAUUCUAGAAGAAUAACAAUAUAAUUUAUCAUAAUUUCACUGAACUUCCUUCCCCUCACACGUCAGAUGUCUUAGAAAAGCUAAGCUCUAUAAAGUUGAUUCUCUUAGCUAUCUUAAUGGUUUAAAAAACCCAACUUUAUAUCUAACAUAAAAGUGAGAACUGUUGGCCAAUAUUUGUGCCCUAUGGAUUGUGGUAGGCUUUGGUAAAUAUAAAACAUUUGUAUAAGAUUAGAUAAUAAAUUUUUUAAUGCUUUCUUAUGAUAGGUGACUUAUCUUACAAAAGUCAAUAGCUAUGUAAUUUUUAUAUACUGAAAAGGUAUACAUCUUGGUGUUUUUAAGUUAUAAAGGAUGCUGUUGAAGGCCAUAUAAUGUAUAUAUAUUUAUCUGAAAUACAAUUAAAUUUUAUAGUAUUUUCAAA